AUGUCUCAGUAUAAACGACCGCGACUUACACAGUAUAACGAAGAUAAUGAUGAAUAUAACGGAGAGACCACUAAAAAUGAAUCUCAAAUGUUAGAACCACAAUUGAUGAACGAGAAGACUGAUGGAUUGGAAAGGAAGGUGAAGGAUCUAGUUCGUUACGCCUUGGCAUGUGAACAUAAGAAAGUUGUGAUCAGGAGGGAAGAUAUAAAGAAAAAAGUGCUACAAGAUCGAUCUAGACAGUUCAACAUCAUAUUUGGACGUGCACAAGAAAAACUAUAUGACGUUUUCGGUAUGACUUUAUUAGAACUUCCUGUAAACGAAAAAACAAGCAAAGCAAACACGACUACUGCUCCUGCUUCUUCUCAAUCAACUUCGUCUCCAUCGAUACCAACUAAACCAUCGUCUUCAAACUAUAUUCUCUGCAACAGUUUGAACAAACAAGAAUAUACCGCUUCAGGAUUGAUUCACCAGACAGAUGAACAAUAUGAAUCGUUAGGCUUGUUAUAUUUCAUAUUAAGUCUAAUAUUUGUCAAUGAGCAAGAACUUGAAGAAGAAGAACUGAAAAGGUUACUGGGUCGAGCAGGAGUCAAGGAGCGAACUGCCACUUUUGGUGAUUUAGAUAAGACAUUGGCGUUAUAUGUAAAACAAGGUUAUUUACAACGAUCCAAAGAUGUAGGGGGAGAAACCAAUAUUUAUCAAUGGGGACCACGAUCGAAAACGGAAUUAUCAAGUAAAGACCUAGCAAGAUUUAUAGCAAGUAUUUAUCGUACAGAAGAUGUGGAAGCAUUCGAAAAAGAUUUACUCAAAGCAGCUGGGCUUUAA